AUGUAUGUUCAGUACAUGGGCACGGUUUCGGCCAUCUCUGCAGAGCGGAUGUUAGGAUUGGGCCGGCCUCGACUGCGAACACAGCCUUCGCUGCUGCAACUGAUCCAUCGCCACGAGGAGCUCCCCGAGCCCCAACCCCCGUCACCGCCCGAGCUGCCACCGCUUCCAGACUCGCCCGCCUCAACCAGCUCAUCCAGCUCGACCAGCUCGACCAGCUCGACCACCUCCUCCCUCAUCUCCUCCUCCUCUCCUGCCCCCCAAACCUCUUCCAAAAUGGCUCCGUCCACGGAAAGCCAUGCUCAUGGCUCGAUCUUUUCCGUCUCCGGACCCGUCGUCGUGGCCGAACACAUGAUCGGAUGUGCUAUGUACGAGUUGUGCCAUGUCGGUCAUGACUUGCUUGUGGGUGAAGUCAUCCGUAUUGAAGCCGACAAAGCCACGAUUCAGGUCUAUGAGGAAACCGCCGGCCUGACUGUUGGUGACCCUGUGACCCGGACCGGCAAGCCUCUCUCCGUGGAGCUGGGCCCCGGUCUGAUGGAGACGAUCUACGAUGGCAUUCAACGACCCCUCAAAGCUAUCUCCGAUAAGUCGGGAAGCAUCUACAUUCCCCGCGGUAUCUCUGUCAACGCGCUGGACCGCGAGAAGAAAUGGGAGUACAAGCCUGCCGCCUUCAAGGUCGGCGAUCACAUCACCGGCGGCGACAUCUGGGGCACUGUGUUCGAGAACAGCUUGGUCAACGACCACAAAAUCCUGCUGCCCCCGCGCGCCCGCGGUACCAUCACCCGGAUUGCCCCUGCCGGCAACUACACGGUGGAAGAGAAGCUGCUGGAGGUCGAGUUCGAGGGCAAGAAAACCGAGUACGGCAUGAUGCAGACCUGGCCCGUCCGUGCGCCCCGCCCCGUCGCCGACCGGCUGUCCGCCGAUGCGCCCUUCAUUGUCGGCCAGAGAGUGCUGGAUGCUCUCUUCCCCAGCGUCCAGGGCGGCACUGUGUGUAUCCCCGGUGCCUUCGGAUGCGGCAAGACCGUCAUUUCCCAAAGUGUGUCCAAGUUUUCAAACAGUGAUAUCAUCGUUUAUGUUGGCUGUGGUGAGCGCGGUAAUGAGAUGGCCGAAGUUUUGAUGGAUUUUCCUGAGUUGACCAUCAACGUCGAAGGUCGCAAAGAGCCCAUCAUGAAGCGAACCUGUCUGAUCGCCAACACCUCCAACAUGCCUGUCGCCGCUCGGGAGGCUUCGAUCUACACCGGUAUCACCAUCGCCGAAUAUUUCCGUGACCAGGGCAAAGACGUGGCCAUGAUGGCUGACUCCAGUUCCCGCUGGGCCGAGGCUCUGCGUGAAAUCUCGGGUCGUCUGGGAGAGAUGCCCGCUGACCAGGGUUUCCCUGCGUACCUAGGUGCCAAGCUGGCCUCGUUCUAUGAGCGUGCCGGUAAGAGCAGUGCCCUGGGUAGUCCUGAGCGUAUCGGCAGUGUGAGCAUUGUCGGCGCCGUCAGCCCACCAGGUGGUGAUUUCUCCGAUCCCGUUACCAGCAGUACUCUUGGUAUUGUACAGGUCUUCUGGGGUCUGGAUAAGAAGCUGGCCCAGCGCAAGCAUUUCCCCUCGGUCAACACUGCCAUGUCCUACAGCAAAUAUACUACCGUCCUAGAUAACUACUACGAGAAGCACAACCCCGAUUUCCCUCGCCUGCGUGACCAGAUUCGUGAGCUGCUGUCCAAAUCCGAGGAUCUUGAUCAAGUCGUGCAGCUGGUUGGUAAGGCGGCGCUUGGUGACUCGGACAAGAUCACCCUGGAUGUCGCCGCUAUGCUCAAGGAUGAUUUCCUCCAGCAAAACGGUUACAGUGACUAUGACCAGUUCUGUCCCUUGUGGAAGACUGAGUACAUGAUGAAGGCGUUCAUGGGUUUCCACGACGAGGCACAGAAGGCUAUCGCCCAGGGCCAGAACUGGAGCAAGGUGCGUGAGGCCACCGCCGAUAUCCAGAGUGCCCUACGGAGCAUGAAGUUUGAGGUUCCCGACGACGAGCAGGAGGUGUCGGGCAAGUACGAGAAGGUGCUCCAGUCUAUGUCGGAACGAUUUGCUUCGGUGUCGGACGAAUAG